GAAACAGUGCGUCUGUUGUAGUACGCAAUCGGGCCCGGGGGCUAGCCGUCGCUUUAAGAGUGCUGACGAGGAGGGCUGGACCGAGCCGACGCUGAACCGAGCGGAACCAAGCUUCGCCGCCACUCCUUCGACAUUCUCUUAGCGGAGGGAGAGAGGGAGAGAGUUUGAGAGAGAGAGAGCGAGAGAGUUUGAGAGAGAGAGAGAGACGGAGGAAGACGAGGGAGAGGAUGGUGCUGCUGACCGUUACGUGGGUGCAGAGGGUGGCGCUCUUCCUCUCGUUCGCGGGCCUGGUCAUCACCUUCGUCACCACCCUGGUGCCCCUGUGGAAGUGCCUCAACACGGACCUGAACGAGAUGGAGAACUGGUACGAGGGCCUGUGGCACACCUGCAUCUUCCAGGACGAGCAGGGCUUGCAGUGCAAGGCGCUGGACUCCUUCCUGGCGCUGCCCACCGACCUGCUGGUGUCCCGCGUCCUCAUGCUGGUCUCCGUGGGGACGGGGCUGCUGAGCGUCACCAUUGCGUUUUUCGGGCUGGAGGGCGUGGACCUGUGGCCGGGCCGGCACGCCCUGAAGAGGGGCCUCCUCAUCGUCGGGGGGCUGCUGUCCCUGGUGUCCGGGGUCACCACCCUGCUGCCCAUCUCCAUGGUGGCCUACGUGACGGUGGUGGAGUUCUGGGACGAGACGGUGCCCGAGAUCGUGCCCCGCUGGGAGUUCGGCGAGGCCCUCUUCUCCGGCUGGUUCUCCGGCCUCUUCCUGUUCGUCGGCGGGACCUUCCUGCUGGUCUCCGUCUGCAUGACGGACCGCAGCCACAGGCACACCAGCCUGCCCAGCUCCCUGGAGUCGGGGAGGAAACCGCAGUACCUGAAGACGGUGAUUUUAUAAGGUUCCUCCUUGAAGUGUCCUUUAAAACGCUCGCUUGAAAUGGGUCUGUAAAAUUCAGGAGUCUCGGUCUGCGCGUCGAGUGGCCGAUGGCUUGGGGACUGUUGUGAAAUAUUUGAAGUUGCUUUUUAAAAAAAUAUUUCAAAGCCAUAUGUGUGUGUCCUUACAAUGCUGAACUUCGGAUUUGUUCGAGUGUGUCUUAUUGUAAAAAAAAGAGUGCAAUGAAAGCUUUUUGAAAUCUUAAACCCACCCUAGGAAGCAAAUGAUGGUUAUUUUUGUUUUAGUAACUUUGUGUCCUUUGUUGCAUGUAAAUCCAGUCAACUGGCCUGGAGCAUAUCAUGUACCUGUAAUUGCAUUUUCACCAUUUCUACUGAUUUAAAAGCAAUGAUCCAAUCUUCUGUUCUCUCUUUCUCUAUUUCUAAUACAACUGAAACAAAAAUAAACCUGACGUGCACAUUUGAUGUUUCACAGUGA